AAAUCAAACGUCAAGUAAACGUCUUUGCAACGCCGCGUAAAACCUUUUUCCUCCUUAAUUUUCAAGAAUUUCAGAAGUUUUAAACUUCCAAAGAUAAAUUUCAACAAUGGCAGAUGAAGAACAUACUCCAAUCGUUGUUAAAGAGCCUUUGGAUCUCAUUCGUCUCAGUUUGGAUGAAAAAAUCUACGUAAAGAUGCGAAAUGAGCGAGAACUCCGUGGAAGACUGCAUGCCUUCGAUCAACAUUUGAAUAUGGUACUCGGAGAUGUUGAAGAAACUGUUACGACAGUCGAAAUUGACGAAGAAACGUACGAAGAAGUGUAUAAAACAACAAAACGAACACUACCAAUGUUGUUUGUGCGUGGCGAUGGAGUCAUUUUAAUCGCUCAUUAAAUAAAUUUAUAAGAAAUUUGA